AUGGACGAAGAGGAAAGAAAAAGUGAGGAAGAACCCGAAGACAACCCAACAGAUUACGAUGACAUCCUCGUGAUGAUUGGAGAAUUCGGGACGUACCAAAAAUUGCUUUAUAUACUUCUCUUGGCAGGUGCAGUAUUGUCAAGCAUGGUAUACACCGCCAUCGUCUUUAUCGAGGACACGCCAACCUUCAGGUGCAUGCUUCCAGACCUGCAAAAUGACACAUUUGAAAUCCAGGGAGAAUGGCACCAAAGGAUGGUCGACAUUUCGUUCAUGAAUGUCACUGAUGACGAAUGUACCGUAUUUCACAAUAUCAGCCGCCAGGUCAAUGUCGGCCAAGACGGGACAGAGCCUGAGAAAUGUACAGAAUGGGUAUAUGAUACCACCUAUAUUACAUAUUCUUAUCCAAUGCAGUUUAGUCUUGUUUGCGACAGCAAAUCAAAACUGACUACUUCCCACAUAAUAAACGUGCUAGGCGUUUUGAUAGCAGGUGUCUUAAGUGGUGCCAUAGCCGACAUAGCUGGACGAAGGAUGGGGUUGCUGCUAGGACUAGGCCUCGGUGGACUGGCGGGAAUUGGUUGGGCAUUUGCAUCCUCUUAUAUCUUGGGUCUUGUAUUGAGAUUUUUCUACGGAUUGGGAUUUGGCGGAGUGUACUGUCUGUCAAGUACUCUUACACUGGAGAUGGUUGGUCCCAACAGACGGGUGAUGACGGGAACAGGAUUGGCCCUCAUGUUUGCAGGGGGUGGAGUGGUCGCUACGGGAAUGGCCUAUUUUCUGCGAGACUGGCGCCAUCUUCAGACAGCAGUGUCUGUGCCAUAUUUGUUAUUAACAAUCCUCAUGUUUUGGGCUAUACUAGACCUGAUGUAUUUUGGGAUAAACCUUCACGCUGGCAACAUGGCCGGCAACAUGUACCUCAAUAUUUUCCUCUUUUCCCUGGUUGAGUUCCCGGCCUAUGCCUUCUGUUUCACCAUCGAUAUAUUUGGGCGGAAGAAGCCGUAUAUAACGUGUACAGCCCUGGGCGGACUGGCAUGCCUUUCGUCUCUCUUCGUGAAAAAGUAUGCAGACAAUGAAUUGGAAUCUACCAACUACAUCAAAGUCGGUCUCUCCACCGUUGGGAAAUUUGGCGUGGCCGCUGCUUAUAAUAUUUUGUAUAUCUGGAGUAUUGAAGUGUUCCCCACCGUCUUGCGGAACUUUAGUAUGGGGCUGGCACUGGUCUCAGCUGGUGUGGGGGGCAUGCUCGCACCGGUCAUCGUGAGGGACAUCAACGUAGAAAGCAUUGGAAAGGACACUUUGCCUCUUGUGAUAUUCGGGAUAUUGGCCUUAUUCGGAGCUGCUUGCACACUUCCGGUUCCGGAAACCGCCAGGACAGACCUACCUGUGACCGUCGCAGACGCAGAUACCUUCAAGAAGUAUGGUUGUUCAACUAUGAAUUAA